UCAACAUCGCCGCGAAACGGGAUGAGGCGGUAAAUGUCGCGUUUCGAUUCUUUUCGCUCCGGUUGAAGCCGCAGGAGUAUGUGAUCAUGUUGGCGACGCGCUGCCUCCUCCUGUGGGCUGCGGUCACCGCUCGACUCGCCGUGACAGGCUGGGGCAGCAGCAUCAAGCGGGACGGAGCGGAACGGGGACGCGAACAGAACGCGUAUGCGGAGGAGCUCACGCAGCCUCAGCGGCUGCUGCAGCGGACUGACGCGGAGGAGGAGCUUCCGCACGGACACUUGGGUACUCUAGUAAAGACUGAUGCUGAUGGAGCGCAUCCCAUUCAUUUGGCUCAGAUCUCAUUCCAGGUGACGGCAUUUGGAAUCCCAUUUGUUCUAGACCUGGAGCUCAAUCAUGAUCUCUUGUCGUCUAACUAUGUUGAACGCCACUUCGAUGAGGAUGGGCGACCUUUUCAAAGUCUGGGAGGAGAGCACUGUUACUAUCACGGUCACGUGAGAGGAGUUCAGAGGUCAUGGGCAGCUCUCUCCACCUGUCAUGGCCUACAAGGGAUGUUCUCAGAUGGCAACUUUUCAUACGGCAUUGAGCCCUUGCACAACAGCAGCGGUCAGGAUGCAAAUACUCAUGUUGUAUACAGAAUGGCAGACAUCUGGUUGAGGCCACAUUCCUCAGGAAGCACCAGGAACAGCAGUGACUCUGACAUUAACAGUGACUAUCCCAUUUCUAUGGAAACGAAUGAGCCGGAGCUCACAGAUGGGCUGAGACGGGCAAAAAGACAGGUUCGGAGGGGUCCACGCACAGUUCAGAGUGAAACAAAGUAUGUAGAGUUACUAGUGGUCAAUGAUUAUGAACUGUUUGUACAGAUGCGAAGAUCAGCCCCUCAGACGAGGAACUUUGCCAAAGCUGUAGUGAACAUGGCUGAUGCUAUUUACAAGGAGCAGCUGAACACUAGAAUAGUGCUUGUCGCCAUGGAGACAUGGUCAACUCAGAACAUGGUUUCUGUUGGCGACGACCCUUUGGUGACCCUGCGUGACUUUAUGAAAUACAGGAAGGAGAAUAUCAAAGAGAAGAGUGAUGCAGCUCACCUGCUCUCGGGACGCACAUUUCAGAGCAGAAGCAGUGGCACUGCCUACAUUGAGGGGAUCUGCUCACCAACACGAGGAGGAGGAGUCAAUGAGUAUGGAAACGUGGGGCCCAUGGCUAUAACCUUGUGUCAGAGUUUAGGACAGAACCUUGGUAUGAUGUGGAAUAAAGAUCGUGCUACUGCAGGAGACUGUAAGUGUCCAGAUCCAUGGUUAGGCUGCAUCAUGGAGGAUACCGGAUACUAUCUACCCAGAAAGUUUUCACGGUGCAGUAUAGAGGAGUACAUUCAAUUCCUCCAGCAAGGAGGAGGGAGUUGCCUCUUCAAUAAACCUAACAAGUUGUUGGAUCCUCCUGAAUGUGGCAAUGGCUUUGUGGAACAGGGAGAAGAAUGUGACUGUGGCUCCCAAGUGGAUUGCUCUCAUGCUGGGGGUGCAUGCUGUAAAAAAUGCACUUUGACCCAUGAUGCAAUGUGUAGCAAUGGACUCUGUUGUAGCCGUUGCAAGUAUGAGCAGAGAGGAGUGAUCUGCAGGGAUGCAGUGAAUGACUGUGAUGUGCCGGAAACAUGCACUGGCGAUUCGAGUAAAUGUCCACAUAAUGUCCACAAACUGGAUGGUUACAUGUGCAAUGCUGGACUGGGGCGUUGCUAUGGGGGUCGCUGCAAGACCAGGGAUGCCCAGUGUCAGGUGCUCUGGAGCCACAAUGCAGCAGAUCGCAUGUGUUAUGAGAAGCUGAACAUUGAAGGUACGGAGCGUGGCAACUGUGGUCAGGACAGCAGCUCACACAGCUGGAUUCAGUGCAAUAAACAGGAUGUGUUGUGCGGAUUUUUAUUAUGCACUAAUAUCACAGCGAAACCACGGUAUGGAGACUUAAAUGGAGAAAUCACAAGUCUUACCAUCUACCAUCAGAACAAGUACCUAGAUUGUCGUGGGGGUCAUGCAGUGUUAGAAGAUGGCACUGAUCUCGGGUACGUGGAGGAUGGCACGCCGUGUGGUCCUAAUAUGAUGUGCCUGGACCAUCGCUGUCUGCCGGUCACCACCUUCAACCUGUCAUCCUGUCCUGGGUCAUCCUCUUCUCACGUGUGCUCUGAUCAUGGGACGUGCAGUAAUGAGGUGAAGUGUAUCUGCGAUGCAGACUACACAGGGAAGGACUGCAGUGUAUAUGACCCUAUUCCAGACCCCCAGCCUCCAGACGGUCCUGAGAAGUACAAAGGUCCGAGUGGUACAAACAUCAUCAUUGGCUCAAUAGCGGGAGCGAUACUGCUGGCAGCUAUAGUAUUGGGAGGAACAGGCUGGGGCUUCAAAAAUAUCAGAAGAGGAAGGUAUGACACUGCCCAACAAGACAUGAUGUGAUGUCAUACAUCCAUGUCCACCUACCCCAUAUUGCACCUGUUGUUUUCACAUCUUCGCC